ACUGCGCCAUUUAUACAUUAAGAAUUUAAAUUACUUCAAGAGUUCAAAUUAAAUGUGUUAUGUAUUAUAUUUCACGAUUUUCAUGGACAUGUUUAAUAUGAUACAUCUAUGAUUAUAUCAUCAUAAAAUGGCAUGUUGAUCGUUGAUGAUAGAUUUCGAGGAACUAGGUCCAGAACGGCAGAAGUGAAGGAUCGUUUAUUUAGAAAUUAGACAGUUUAGAGUAGAACAUGGUCCAUGAAAUAGAAAACUUCUAUGGUGUUUAUCUACUGUAUAAUGUCAACCCAAAGUUCAAAGGUCGUACAUAUAUUGGAUACACAGUAGACCCAAAUCGUAGAAUAAAGCAGCAUAACCAAGGUGUUCAGGCUGGCGGGGCAUAUAGAACCAGUGGUAAAGGUCCUUGGGAGAUGGUACUUAUUAUACAUGGGUUUCCAAAUGAUAUCUCAGGACUGAGGUUUGAAUGGGCAUGGCAACAUCCAGAAAAAUCUCGCAGACUGAAACAUCUAACGAGGAAAACUAAGAAAGAGAAACAGUUUGAGUACAGAUUCAGGAUCGUGUCUGAAAUGUUACGGACUGCACCAUGGAACAGAUUAGCUCUAACAAUAAGAUGGCUGAAACAAGAAUUUGUUAGAGAGUUUGACCCCAAGUUAACCCCUCCUUUACACAUGGCGGUAGCAUAUGGUCCUGUUAAAAGCAAGAAAGUGAAGAAUAUCAAAGCAACAGAGACAAAGGGAGGUAACACAGACUCUGGAGAAGACAUUGAUGCUGACAUAAUUGCUGCCCCUGUCAGUAAACAUACAAGAUGUGCAGUGUGUAUGAAACUUAUAAUGAGUGAUUCCCAGUCUGUAAGUUGUUAUCGUCCUAAAUGCUCCAUGAUAUCACAUAUGACGUGUUUAGCGAAGUCAUUUCUGACAAAGAAACAGGAGGAGAAAACUCAUAUACUGCCAGUAGAUGGCGCUUGUCCCCGAUGUUCGCAGCAACUUCUGUGGGGUGAUAUCAUUAGACAUAAACAUGGCUGCUACCAAACAUUAACUGAGGUCACAGAAGAAGAAGACAGUGAUGAUGACCACUGGGCCAAUGAACUUCAAACUCAGGUCACAUGAUACAGCGCCAGAGAGAUUGUAUAACUGACCAAAAUCUUUGCAUUCCGUAACAACUUUUGUAACUCAGCAGAUUAACUACAUGUAUUAUAAAUGAAAUCUAUGUGUAUGUCCUUUUUGAUGUACAUGUUUUAUUUUGAUAAAUUUAACCUAUAUAUAUACAUAUGAUAUAAGAUGGAACUCUCAAAAGUCAGGGUCUAAAUUUUGGCUUAUUCACGUUUAUAUGUAAAACUAAACUUAUCAGUGAGUAAAGAUAGUACAUGUAGUCAUCUUUUACUUUGUGCAAUAAAUUGAAGAUAUUAAUGGACCAGAUGCUAGUCUUAAAAUCUAAAAUAUUGAAGAAAUCACAUUGUAUUGUUGAAUAUUUGUCUUGAACAAGAAAGUGUUUAUCAACAUAUGUAAAACCUCAAAGUGAUGAACUUUGUAAUUGUGUGUUUUGAAAAUAAUCUUUUACUAUUUUAUAAAAGUAAAAGUUUUAUAUAGCUCAGAAUAUGUGUUAGAAAUAAGCUCAGCAAAGCAAAAAAGUUGGGAUAUCUGUGAAAGUUAAGAUCACAAACCUACUUC